CACCGUACCCUGGAUAUCAACGACCCCCAGGUCCAGAGCGCCACCAUUCGGAUCCAGGCCUCUUACAGGGGCCACAGGUGAGGGGGAACCGCGCAUGACAAGGGGCCACCGCGGGUGCUGGAGCCGCUCAAGGACGUGGUGCUGAUGGAGAGCGGCGCGGCCAUGCUGACCUGCCGCAUCUCGGCCUUUGCUGACCCCUUCAUCCGCUGGAGCAAGGACGGCCAGGAGCUGCACCACGGUCCCAAGUACCGCUACGUCUUCGAGGAUCCGGACGUCGUGGCGCUGGUGCGGGAAGGCGAGCUGGCCUACCUGGGCCAGAGCAGCAUCAGCGUCGCCAAGCCCUUCCGCCAGUGCCGACUCGCCGCGCAUCCUGUGGAAGUCCCAGCCAAGAUUCAGAAGGGACCAGAUAACACGAAGGCCCGCAAAGGCACCACGGUGACGCUGCCGGCGGCCAUCAUGGGCGAGCCCGCGCCCAUAGUGAGCGGGAUCAAGGACGGGAAGGACAUGGAGAAGGAUGACCGUGUAUUUCGAGAUCUGCAGCACACCUCCACGCUGACCAUCCGCCCUACCACGCCCAAGGACAGCGGCAAAUACGAGGUGUACGUGGAGAACAGCCUGGGCAUGGACCAGAGCUUCGCUCGCGUGGACGUGGCCUGAAAGGGACUCUCAGACUUGACGCCCGAGCUCCAAGCCCGGAGGCGGCUGACACCCACAGCCUUCCGAAGUAGGAG